CGAGCAUCGGAACAAUUGCCGUUGAGAGUCUGGACCAGGAACUGGCUGCCUUUCGCCGGGAACUGCGCCGUCUAGGCUAAGACUAUCCCGCUAUCCGUGCCACCCGGUAAGACAUUCUAGCGCCCGGCCCAGAACCCGGCUGCCGGAUCCGUGUCUGUGGCUGCCGGACGUGACCGCUCGUUCUGCUAGGACCGUAUCACGCCCUAUUUUUCGUCUGUGGACCGCACCCCAAAUGUCUGCAGCCGUCGACUUCGCUCUUCACAACCUUGGCCGCCAUACUCAUUUGGACGGCAUGGCCCAACACCACAGCUACCACGAGCCAUAUACGCCUGCUCAUGGGCACUAUGCACCAGAGCAUCGGCUUCAACAUCCAUCCCAGGCAAGACAGCUACCGCGGCUGCCGCCCAUGGCGACCUUGAUCCCACCCGCGGCGUCGAAUCCUUCUCCGGUCCUCGCAAAUGGACGAGACGCACCAUAUCAUGUUGGAAGACCGACGGUUCAUUAUUCCGACUACGCCACUCCUUCGCCAGUGGGGCAAACACCUCCGCAGCUCCCGAUCCCGAACAGCGACCCCAACCCGAUGUCGAAGCGGCCGGUAGACAUCCGGCGUUCCCCGACUCUCUCGUCCACAGCCAGCGACAGGUCAUCUGAAGAGAUGGCGCAGGAAUCGCGUUUGAGGCAGAUGAGCAGCUUGCACGACUACAGCCAAGGCUCCGUACCACGCCAGCUGAUGCAAUACCCGUCUCCGCGGUCGAGAGGAGGCUCUCUGCAGCAUGACAGCGUUUUACCCACAGUUCAAGCAAAAGCUUCGCAAGCAGGCCCUUAUUCAUCCCCGUCAGCAGCGUUACCCAACGGCCGGCCUACCGCAUCCCAACACCCCCGAAGCCCAUCAAGCACACAGCUCUCACCAUCGCCUCGCCCAGAACCCAAAUCCAUGAGCAUCUCCAACCUUCUCAGCAGCAGCAGCAGCGCCACCACCACCAUCACCACCACCGAGUCUGCAAGCAACAAAACCAUAACAACCAACCCGAUCCCACCGCCCUCCGCCACCCCGAACUCGACCUACCGCAUCACCGUCCGCCAACAGCCCCUCGCGGCCCGCAGCUGCGGCUUCGGCGAGCGCGACCGCCGCGUCAUCGACCCGCCGCCCAUCGUGCAGCUCACCAUCCACGACCCGUCCCUGUCGCCGCCCGCCGUGAGCCAACGGCUGCGCCACCAAUUCAGCGUGGUGCACUGCUCCAUCUGGGACGAGCGUGGCGAGAGCGACAUGAGCAGCAUGCCCGAGGAUUUCCGGCAGCAGCGCCGGCUGAUGGGGACGUUAGUCGCUAGUCCGUUUGUCGGGGUAGAUGAGACCGGGGAGGAGGGUUGUUUUUUCUGUUUUCCGGACUUGAGUUGUCGGACGCCGGGGGUAUUUAGGCUUAAGUUUGCACUCGUCGUGCUGGAUCCGGCGCGGAUGGUUGUUGGGGAAAGGUCGGCGAUUGUGGCGACGGUUAUGAGUGAGCGGUUUCAGGUGUUCAAUGCUAAGGAUUUUCCGGGGAUGCAGGCUAGUACCACGCUGACGAAGAGGUUGAAGGAGCAGGGGUGUUUAAUUAGUAUUAAAAAGGGUAAUGAGAAGAGGGAGGUUGGUGGUGGUGGUGAUGGUGGUAAGGGGAUAGGAGGGGAGGAUGAGGAGGAUGAGGAAGGAGAGGGGGAAAUGGGGGAAGAGGGAGGCGGUGGUAAGAAUGGGAAUGGCGGAGAGGGGAAGCUGAGGACGAGGAAGCGGGUUAAGAGGUAGAGCUGGUUAUCUUACCUUAUUCCUACCGGUACAUGGCGUGUUGGGAUUUUCUUUUAUUUAAUUUUUAUUUAUUUAACGUUAUUUUGCUUUUGAAUCCCAUUUAUCCUUGCGGCUGGGUUCAACGAAAUGGGUCGGUCAUGGCGUUUUGGGCGACUCUGGAUACUGGUG